CUAGGUACUUAUUAACUACUAUAAGGACAUACAUUUAAAAAAUAUUUUUUCUCUAAUUUUGAAUUAAACUGUUUUCAUAAAAAAAUGUUUUAGUAAACUGUAACUGAUUCGUCAAUUCAUUUAUACGCAUCGUUACACAUAACGUCAACACAAAGUUGAAGAUAGUGCAGACUAUUCAAAAGAAUAAACACAAAAUACACAGGUGCAAUAUACAUGGGAUAUAUUAUAACAAUUUCCCGUUCCAUAAACCCAAUUGUACGCAAUGACAAUUCAUAAUACUGCAAUAUUCCUACAUAUCCGACAGCUAAACAAACACAGAAAAUCAAAUUGUUCAGAAAAAAAUCGAAAACCAAAAAAAAAAAAAAUCAUUUUGUUCAAGAUUUGCGAAUGUGAUGUAGUGUUAUCAACAAUAUACUUAAACAUGAUAUCAUUUGGAAUAAUGACGGCAUUACUCUUGGUGAUGACGUGCGUAGUGCACUAUGAUCUAUUCAGCUUGUUUUCGAAUCAUCCGUACGGACGGCGCAUCGUGUACACGGACAACGAACGACACCAACACCAGCCCACGUUCGAGUUCGACCAUAUGCAGAUACCGAGACCGGGUACAGACUCGACCACAUUCCAUUCACCACCGCAGUUGGUCAUCGUGCACGACCAUGGUACCGACGACGAUGACUACUGGACGGAGUCGGUCGAUGGCACCCACAGUAAUCGCGAAACCACCGGUGAUAAGCGUUCCGACAACCAAGUCCAUAGGCCUACACCGGAUACCGAAGUUGACAGCGUUCAUGAGACUACCACGACCGAGGUACCGAAUGUCCUCGACGACGACUAUGACGACGACAGUGAUUACGUCGCUCCCGGGCAAGAGUGGGAAGACGACGUUUUUUGACUUGCUUCCGCCACCGAUGCGAGGAAUUUUCACAAAUCACCAUGACGUUCCUAUAAUAUUGCAAUAGUUAAUUAAUAUCGAUUGAGUGAUUUUUAAUACCGAUAGAUUAGGUUAUACAAUAUUUAUUUUUUGUAAGUCCUGUGCAAGAUACGACAUAAAGUUCAGAAUUUGAUCUUAAAGAAAUUUCCCAAAUUUUGUAUAUUUGUAUUCUUUACCCGUACCUGCUUAUUUUUAUGAUACUUAUAAAAUCUAAUUGAAUUUAUAGGUACAAUAAUAUAUUAGUUAAGUAGGUAUAGGUUAUUAGAUGAGUUAUUAUGUUUCUAUACACUCUACUGAAUCAUCUCAAAAAUUAUAUUGGCAUAUUUUCAUACCUGUAUAUUUCAUAAAUUAUAUAUAAAUGUAUAAUAUAUUAUUAUAUGUUAAAUUGUUGAUAUAUUAUAACCUAUACCGUUUUGAGUUUGUAGUUUAUAAAUAUGUAUUUUAAUAGAAUAAUAAAUAUAUCUAAAAAGCCAAAACUGCAUGUUUUAAGUGAUUUAUAUGUUUGAUUUUUAAAUUAAUUGCAUGAUAAAAUAUACCUCAUUAUUAUCGUUUUCUAGUAUUAUAUAAGUUUUUUUUAAUUAUUAUUAGUUAUUACAUUAUGUUUGUAAAUAUUAUUGAAACUUAUCAAAUAUGAUUGUAGUAUUACAUUGUUAAAAAACAAUUUCAAUCAGUUUGAUUUUCGUUAAAAAUAUACUAAUGUUAGGUAUACAUACCUAAGAUAUUAAGAACGCCUCUAAGCUCAGGCCAAUAGCCAAUGUUUUAAAAAGAUCGAACUAAAAUUAUCCAAAGAUGCAUUCUAAGUUUAAAUAUUGUUGAAAAUGUCUCAUAAUUUAUUUUAAUUUAAUGUUGAAAUUUAUAGUGGAGCGAUAAAUGUAUUGGGGUUUAGUGUUUUACAAUGGUGUACGGUUUUUUGUUUAUAUAUUAUGUAUACUUAGUAUAUCUUAAUCAAUGUAUAGUAUUAUAUUAUCUAUGUUAAAUACUAAAUUUUUUUUAAUUAUUAAUGUUUAUUAAUUAAUAAGCAGAAUUGUAAUUCCUUACUUCUAA